AUGCCGCAGACCAGGAAGUCGAGCGCUGCGGCGGGUCAGCCGGACAUCGAGGACCUGAUCAAGAGUGAGGCCCCCGAUGCAAUUGCAACAGGGGCGACAGUGUUCUCCACGCAGCACGAGGCGUCGAGACACGACUUCCGGCCGCAAGAGCUGCUGGACACUCGAACGGAGCUGCUCGCGUGGUACGACGCGCACCGCCGGAAACUUCCGUGGCGGGGAGACCCGCCGCCGUAUCUGACGACGGCCACGCACACGGGUCAGAAGAAGAAGCAGGCGGCCAAGCGAGGCGGACUGACGGUGUUCCUGAAGCAGGAGGUGGAGGGUGCAGCGGAGCCAGAGCAGGUUGAAGAAAUGGACAGGUGCAAGCAGGAGGAGGUUGCUGUUGCUGCCAAUGGAGAGGGUGACACUGACGUAACACCCAGAAAGGUGGCACCAUACGAGACGUGGGUGUCGGAGAUCAUGCUGCAGCAGACGCGGGUUGACACCGUAGUCGAGUACUUCCUGCGCUGGAUCGACAAGUUCCCGACGGUGGCGGCGCUGGCGGAAGCCAAUGAAGAGGACGUGAACGCCUUGUGGGCUGGACUCGGGUACUACAGACGGGCGAGGAUGCUGCACGCUGGUGCGAAGUACGUGGUCGAGAACUUUGGCGGCGAGCUGCCGUCGACAGUUGACCAGUUGUUGACGAUCCCGGGAAUUGGACCUUACACGGCAGGAGCUAUUGCAUCGAUCGCCUUCGGGAAUCGCGAGCCACUGGUAGACGGCAACGUCAUUCGUGUGAUGGCCCGGAUGCGUGCGGUGGGAGCUGACCCAAAGAACAAACAGCUCAUUAGUUUUUCUUGGAAGGCAGCGAAAGAGCUCGUGAGCGAGUGUGAUCGCCCUGGAGCACUGAACCAGGCGCUGAUGGAAAUGGGAGCAACGAUGUGCACCGUCCAGAACCCUCAAUGUUCAGCCUGUCCGGUCAAAUCGGUCUGUCUCGCGUAUCAAGAGGCAAAUACUGCCGAGGCCAAGCAAGAGCCUGCCGACUCUACUUAUUCCUGCUCUAUCUGUGACUACACUCGCGUCACCAAGUAUCCCCUGAAAGCAAAGAAGAAUGACGCGAGAAACGAGGUCAUCGCCGUCUCUGUCAGCAUUGAAGCCGACGCUUCCCCAUCAGACUGGAAGUUUCUGAUGUCCAAGCGGCCUGAGGGUGGGCUGCUGGCUGGUCAAUGGGAAUUCCUCCACAGCAAGGUAAGAUACGAUCCAAGACCAAGUUGCGAAGUGGCCACUAUAUCACCAUCUUGCUGUGUUGUGUGUACUCUUCAGAUGAGCGACGGCGACAAGAUCCCGCCGUUCUCCAAGCGGAAGUCGUUCAUGGACGCCCGUCUCACGGGCUUAUUCGACCAGACAGCGCUCACUCGAUCGGGCAAGUCGGCCCCUGAGCGACGCGACCUCGGCGAGCUCACGCACGUCUUCUCGCACGUGAAGCACCACAUGGGCAUCGAGCAUUUGCACUUCAAGGCUCAGCCCGAGCUGCUGCCCGAGUCCGACGAUCUGCGGUGGAUGACAGUGGCGGAGAUGCAGCAACUCGGCAUCACCACUGGCGUCAAGAAAAUCCUACAACUCGUGCUGCACCCCGACAAGGGUGGCAAGUCGAAGCCCAAGUCGAAGGCCAAGCCCAAGUCGAAGUCAUGUGCGACUGGCGCAGUCUCACACGUCGCAGGUGGUAAGCGGCUGAAAACCAUCGCGUCCUUCUUCAAGAAAUAG